AUGGACUGGAACUUGGAGACCGCCAUUGCCUUCAAAGCCGUUGCCUAUCUUGAUCGUUACCUUUCAAGAAGCUCUGUCUCCCGUUUGGCAAGAUUUCAGCUUGUCGGAAUCGCCUGCUUGCGCACCGCUAUGGGAGACAUGAGACAGCCCACGGCACUUGUUACCGAGAAGCACAUGGAUGCUGCCACCUUUGCCUAUCUGAGUGAUGAUACAUAUACCUCGCAGGAAGUAGAAGAGGAGACACAGGCUGUGAUGGCUCUUAUCAACGACACGACCAAGGUCGCCCCCAACCCCAAGAUGUUCCUGCGCACUUUCUGGUACCGUGCCAUCUUCAAGGGCGUCGCCCGCGCCGACGACAUGCACGUCUACAUCCUAGCGAGUUUCCUGCUCCAGCUCAGCCUGCUUGAUCUUGAAUGCAGCGCGUACAGCGCCUCCCUCCUUGGGGCCUCCGCCCUGAGCGUUGCCCUCCGCUUCUUCGGCAAGCCCGCCUGGCCUCUGAGCAUGCAGCAGUACGCUGUGUACCGCGCGGACGAGUUGGAGCCGUGUGCCGCCCGCCUCGCCUUCCUCCAGUCCUCCUGUGAGUACAUGCAGCUGCGCCAGAAAUGGCUCACGUCCCAUGAAAACCAUGGCUAUGAGGAGCACACCGAUGAGUGGCUGCGUGCCCUGGCCGUCAUGCGUGGCCCCUGUGCCCUGGAGUCAGUCCCGCCAGCUAUCCCCGCCCAAGGCCUUUUUGCGGCGCUGGACAUGGGGCCGACCCCCAUGGAAGUGUGA